UUUUAUAUAAAUAUAUCAUAUAUAUCAUGAGGUAUCCUAACCUUAAAAGUUAUAACCGAGUGUCGCAUGUUGCUUAUUUAGAUAUUAUCAAAAUGGCUGAUUACAGUUUUAAUGGUAUUUUGAAGUCAGUAUAUUGUGGCCUUUGCUUUACCAAAUUUUCGUUUGAAUGUAUACACAAGCACGCAUGCUUUGCCGGAGCAACAGAAGACGAAUUAUCUAUCAUCGGAAAUGUUGUAAACCUAUCAACUGCAGAAACAAUUCAUAACGUGAAAUCAAAGAUUAAUGAAUCAGAAAUUUCAAAACAGAAAAACAUAAAUGGGCAAAAUGAUAUUGAGCUUGCUGAUAAUGGUGAAGCCCUUCUAAGUGAUACAAAUCUUAUCCAUUUAAUAGAAUAUGUAAAGAAAGAACCAUGUAUAUGGAAUUAUAAAUUGCCUAUUAGUGCACGAAGUCCGGCUAAAGUUGCUGAUUCUUGGAUGAAAAUUUCUCGUUUAUUCAGAGGUUGGACUCCUGAAAUUACUAAAAAAAGAUUUUCAAAUCUUAAUUAAAACCUCCUACUACAGGAGAAAAAAAUCUCCACCCAGCGGUUCUGGAGCUCAAUAUCUAAAGUCGUGGGCGUUCGACAUUCACCUAUCAUUUUUAGAUGAUGUUAGAGCAGAUGAAUCUAGAGUGAGUAGAUCGAAUGUAUCUUCGAUUGAAUUACAAUCAAACUCUGAUAGUAAUUCAUCACAAGAAUACUUUUCCUGUUUAGAAGGUUCUGAGGAUGAAUUGCCAAAGGAUAUAAAAGAUUACGGUUUUACAAAAAAUUCUCCAGGAAGAAAGCGUAAAGAAAAGGAGGAUCCAAUAGAGUCAGCACUUCUCCAAUUAGUGUCAAAUAAGUCAAUGAAGGUAGACAGGAAGGAAUCUCAUUCUCCAUUGCAACAGUGGGGCGUCUGGCUUGCAAAUGAAUUGAUUAAGUUUGAAGACGAAACAGAAAGAUUAGAAAUGCAAAAUUACAUCACUUCGUACAUAAUAAGGAAACGCAGAGAAAGUAAUUUAUAAUGAUGACAUUUUGUUUUUAUCUUCGCUUAAACAUUCUUUAACUUAAAACGAACCUGACUAUAAUAUGAACCAAAGGCCAAGGAAUUAGUGAAUUUCUUAAUGUUGUUUUAUUUUUUCUUUUAUUAUAUUUUAAGUUAGAUUUAACGCGCUACGAUAAAAGUGAUAAGUGUAAGAGCGACUGAUAUAAACUUUUAUUAUUAUUAUUAUUUAGUUCUCAUUACAAAUGAGUUAUCAGUAUUAAAUAUACUUUUAAUGCCAACGCUUUUUAAAAGCGACAUUCAGAAAAUUGUGCAUUUUAACACAUUUAAAUUGAGAUAAAAUACGAUUUAAUUUUCCAAUCGUUUCUUUAAAUUGGAGGUAACAACGCUUUUCAGCGUAAUUGUUAAAUGUUAAUUUCAUCGUAAAUACAACGUAUUGCAAUAUUUCUUACAAGUUAUAUAAAUAUUAUACAAAAUGUUGUUUAAUUACUUAUUUUAAUAA